AGGCCACACACCCCAUAUGCUCUCACCGCUGCCAGCCUCUGCGCUCCGCAGCCGCCGCCGGCCACCCCGCGCCGAUUCCCUCUCCCACCGACACCUCGGCCCCACAAUCGUAGGGCCCAUGUGCCAUCGUCUCCGCUCCCUGUGCCCACCGCGACGGCGCGAGCAGGUGCCCAGCCCAGCCCGCUGCUGCUGCUGCUCAUCUGCGCCCGUGCCUGGCUUAGCUGCGACCGUUGUCUUUAAGCUCGCACGCGAACCGAACCCCGAUACACUCUGCGCCAAGCCACUGCCACUGCCUCCGCCGCCGCCGCCAGCGUCCGUCUCCACCGGUGCCCUCGUCCCCGGCCGCCGCCUCGCCAGAUCCCGUCCAGUGACCCGGCUGGUUGCGGAGCGAGGGGAGGAUGGGCAGCACCAGCGGGUUCGUCAUCAGGUGGAUCAACUUCUUCACCAUGGUCAGUCGGUCGGCUCGGCCCAGCUCACUCCUUUACCUCCCUUGCUCCCCCGCCUUCCUUCCUCGAAUCAGAGGAGGCCUUUUGCCUCGCUUUGCUUUGCUCUUGCUUCGGGCUGAUUCUCAAUUUCUGUUGUGGCCCUUCUGCUCGAUUAUUUUUUCGAACAUUUAGCAGCCUGAUUAUUUUAUUUCUUCACUGCUCCGAGUGAUGAACUGGCGCCGCUGGCAGGGCUUCAGAAUUCAUUCCUGGCUCAGUUGUGGUUUUAUGAUUCAGCGCUUCAUUUCACCUACGAAUUGUGGGUUUUAGCUUCACGACCGUGGCUGAUUGCUCAAGUGCACUUUCCCCACCAUUUCGCUUUACCUUUUCUCUGAUUUCUUUUCCUUUCUAAACAUGCACUUUCUUUGAAAUUUUGUGUUCGUCAUUUCGUCGUCCUCCAUCUGGUGGCUGUGCCCCGUGCAUUUCCUGUGUUAAGCUGCACUGCUUCCCAAUUUGUCCCACAUUGAUUGAUAGUUCAUGUUAACAUAUGAACAUAGGGACAGGUAUUGCUUACGAAUCUUGCAUUGUUAUUCUUGGACAGAUACUGGCACUACUGGUGGUGGGUUUCGGGUUCUGGAUGAGCACCCACAACGAUGAGUGUAGGCGAUCCUUGACCAUCCCUGUCAUAGCCCUUGGAGGAGUGAUCUUUCUCAUAUCACUCGUUGGAUUCCUUGGUGCUUGGAAGAACAUUUCUUGCUUGCUUUGGACAUACCUAAUCAUGCUGUUCGUAGUCUUGGUGGCAAUCAUGGUCUUCACGGUACUUGCGUUUAUCAUAACAAAUACAGGAACUGGCCAUGUUGUUCCUGGGGCUAGGUAUAAAGAGUACCGUCUUCAGGAUUACAGCUCCUGGUUUGUCAAACAGCUCAAUGACACUGAGAAAUGGACUCACCUGAGAAGUUGCCUUGUGAAGUCAGAUGACUGCAAUAACCUGUCAAAAAGAUACAAGACUCUGAAACAAUACAAGCUUGCAGAACUUACUCCCAUGGAGUCCGGUUGCUGCUGCCCACCAGCCGAGUGUGGGUACCCAGCUCUGAACGCGUCCUAUUUCGAUCUGAGCUAUCAUCCGGUGAGCACCAACAUCGACUGCAAGCUGUACAAGAAUGCACGCUCCGUCAAGUGCUACGACUGUGAUUCUUGCAAAGCUGGGGUUGCGCAGUACAUGAAGACCGAGUGGCGCGUGGUUGCCAUCUUCAACGUGAUAUUGUUCGUCAUCCUGUCGUUCGUGUACUUCGUCGGCUGCUGCGCGCGGCGGAACGCUGGAGGUAGCGAUGCAAAAGGUCGUGGAAGGUGACAAAAACACUUUGAGGUGAAGCACUUGGCCAUCCGAUGUGGAAGCGGGAAUCAGCUUUAGCACCCCUGUAAAUUGUUCCAUCAAAUUCCUUUGAUGAAAGAUACCUGGGCCUUUCUGUUGUGUGGUGAUUAUUCUCUCUUGCGAAUGGGUUGUGAACAUCUUGGAGGUAAAAAGAAUGGAAUGACAUUUCCUCA